AUCUCGGCCAUCCUCCUGUUUACCGACUUCAUGGACCGCUUCGCCCAGGGUCCAGAGGGAGACAAGCACUGGUCCUCGAUCAUCCAGUCGCUCCUCGUCUCUCUCAUGAGCAUCGGCUGCCUUAUCGGUUCGCUGUCUGGCGCUUACACCGCCGACUGGUGGGGUAGGAGGAGAUCCCUCUCCUUUGGUGUCGUCAUCUUCAUCCUCGGAAACGUUGUCCAGAUCACCGCUAUGCGCAGCUGGGUCCACAUGAUGAUGGGCCGCUUCUUCGCCGGUCUCGGUGUCGGUUCCCUGUCUGUCGGUGUUCCCAUGUUCCAGAGCGAGUCGUCGCCCCGAGAAAUCCGCGGUGCCGUCGUCGCCAGCUACCAGCUCAUGAUCACCUUUGGUAUCCUCAUCUCCAAUAUCGUAAACUACGGUGUCCGCGAGAUCCAGGGCUCGGACGCGUCGUGGCGCAUCGUCAUCGGCCUGGGCAUCGCCUUCUCCCUGCCCCUGGGCCUGGGCAUCCUCGCCGUCCCCGAAUCCUCCAGGUGGCUGGCUUCCAGGGGCCGCUGGGACGAGGCCCGCCUCUCGCUCGGCCGCCUCCGCGGUCUCAAGGAUGACCUCCAUAACCCGCUCGUCGAGGACGAUCUCAACGAGAUGCGCGAGCUCCUCGAGCAGGAGCGCGAGGUUGGCACCGGCUCGUGGAUCGAGUGCUUCAUGCCCUCCCAGUCCACCCCCAAGGUCAUCUACCGCACCCUCCUGGGCAUGGGCAUCCAUUUCAUCCAGCAGUGGACCGGCAUCAACUACUUCUUCUACUACGGUGCCACCAUCUUCCAGAGCGCCGGAAUCUCGGACAGCAUCCUCGUCCAGCUCAUCCUCGGCGCCGUCAACGUCGUCACAACCUUCUACGGUCUCUACGCCGUCGAGAAGUUCGGUCGCCGCAACCCCCUUAUCAUCGGCGGUAUCUGGCAGGGUUUCUGGCUCAUCGUCUUUGCCUCGAUCGGCACCGGUCUCGACCCGGCUGACAACAAGGCAUCUGGUAUCGUCAUGAUUGUAUCUGCCUGCAUGUUUAUCGCCUCCUUCGCUGUAACCUGGGGCCCCAUGGCUUGGGUCGUCAUUGGCGAGUCGUUUCCUCUCCGCACUCGUGCCAAGCAAGCCUCUCUGGCUACGGCAUGCAACUGGCUCGGAAACUUCAUGGUCGGUUUCCUCACCCCUCUGGCCACCGAUGGCAUCUCGUACGCCUAUGGCUACGCAUUUGCCGGGGCCAACCUGAUCGGCUCGGUGUUGAUCUUCUUCUUCCUCUUCGAGUCGCGUACCCUAUCCCUGGAGAACGUCGACAUCAUGUACGGACAGGCCGAGCUCAAGCCCUGGACCAGCCACAAGUGGGUUCCCCCGGGCUACAUCACCCGCACAGAGCGCGACGAGAGCCACUUCCGCAGCCUCAACGACGGCGCCAUCGCAAGGGACAUGGCCAGCGAGAAACCCGGCAGCGACGGGUCUGCUCUACAGAAGGAGCAUGUAUAA